ACGCUUUCAUCUGAUCAUUAGUUGGCGAUGUACACUUGUUUGGUUCUUCUCUCCAUCUUCGAACCUAAAAGCUAGUGGACUCGAGAUGUUCAAUAUUUUCUGACACAAAAUAAGUUAAUAAUGAUUUUGGUCACAGCAGGGAAUAGAAGAACAACAGUUAAAAGCACAUUUUAAGAUCAUAUUGCUAAUGCUAUAAUUGUUCAUGACUAAUUACUCAUGUGACUUCCACUGUGCAGUAUAAACAUAUUGAGUUGGACCUCCAUGGUGGGUCUUGGAUUCCAUGCUGCCAUUAGUGUAAGAGUGUCGAAUGAACUAGGUUCUGGAAGACCGAGAAUUGCAAAAUUCUCAGCAUUGGUUGCUGGGAUCACGUGUCUUCUAAUCAGUUUCUUAUUCUCUCUUACCCUAAUGGUCACCACGAAGCAGUACCCGGCAAUGUUUUCGAACAGUUUGGAAGUUAAGCACCUUGUCGAAGAGCUCACACCAUUUCUAGGGAUAUGUAUACUCUUAACAAAUGUUCAAUAUGCUCUCACUGGAGUGGCAAUUGGAGCAGGGUGGCAAGUUCCAGCUGCCUUAAUAAAUGUUGGAUGCUACUUCCUGCUAGGUGUUCCUCUGGGAGUUUUGAUGGCCUACAAGUUCAAAAUGGGCAUCGAGGGCCUUUGGUACGGAAUGUUGCUAGGUUUAUGCCUACAGUCUUGCCUAUUACUCUGGAUGAUUUGUAUCGCAAACUGGAAUAAAGAGGCUUAUGUCGCAAAAGAGAGAGUAAAAGCGUGGGGAGGGUAAACGGAUACCGAAGAAACUGGUAAUGGUAAAACUACUGCAAAAAAAUAAGUCUGAUAAAGCUUUGAAUUUCCUAUAUUGUCAUUAAGUCAACACUGUCAUUUGCAAGUGCCAUUAUAUUAAUAAAUGGGCAAAAUAGUCCAACCAAUGAACCCCUUAAGAAGACUUGUGGUGCCACCCAAUGUACGUUGCCGUCAUUAUAGAGCUUUUAAAGUCUUGUAGAAAUAUUAUUUUCUUAAAGUUGAAUCAAUACUAAUUAAUAUUAUAUUUAUUACUUGUAUAAAUGGUUGAUGAUAUUAAAUGAGAA